GCUGUAACAAUUAUGAUUAAAGUACAUGAAGGCAAAGUCCUGUCGUUUAUCUCAGUCAGAAUUCUCAACUUUAUGUCAAGAGAAAAUUUGUAGAUGAUACGCUGCACCAAGUAGACCUUGAUGGAUGCCUCAGUCUUGAAGUUUGAGUGCCACAGUGAGGAUGAUGGGUACAACAACGCUCAACUUGAUGGCAACAUCAACGAAUGUGAUAGUCGAAGUGAUUCUGAUCAUGAGGCACUGCAUUCUCAAAUAUUCACACAAUGCAUGCGUGCAGUAUCAGUUUCCAGUGGAAACAAUAGUCAGUCUUCGGUGAUGGACAAGGGACUUGGUGAACAGACAAAUGCGGGAAAUUCCAGGUUAUGGACCCCAGAAGGUUUCCAAGAGGCUUCAAGCAGUGACAAUGGAACACCACCACAACCUCACCAGACGUCAAAUUGUUCUCAAAGACCGCAGAAAAGUACCAAAAUGUGGCUCGGCAAUAGACGGCGUAAGAAAUGGUCCAGCAUGUACGGCAGCCAGAUUCGGUGCCCUCAUUGCCCCGAGACAUUCCUACACAAACGCAGCCUCAGUCGUCACAUCAUGAUCAACCAUGGGCCCAAGGUUUACUUCUGGUGCAAGCGGUGCUGUCGCUUCUACAACCGGCGGGACAACUUGCGUAGUCACUACCGUAGCCACCACCCUAAACACAUCAGGGAUCUGGACCACAUCCAGGGGGUCGGGCGCGAGAGCCUCCUCCCUGGAGGGCAACCCUCGUCCUCAAAGACCAACAACGGUCCACUGGAUGUCAGCACCUGCAGUACAUUCAUCAGCAAUCAAAUCGUCGGUGGAAACAGCAGUCAGUCAGUCACAAGCAACAGCGCUCCACAAUCCAGCAACAGCAGCUACAGUACUAGCAGCACCACCACCAAAGUUGGUGCCAAGCCGCUGAAGAUUCAAGCAGCGCAGCUAAUGGAGAGAGAAAAGGGGGCUGUUGGCGCACGACAGGAGACUUUGAGGAUCAGGACUUCCUUUGUCAACACAAGAGAUUGCAAAAGUAAUGCCAAAAAAUCUGCCUGUGCUGCUGCUAGACAAAGUGGAAUAAAGCCAACGCCCGAGAGACAAUUACCAACACUGUCAGUUCCUCCAGCAGGUGUAAGCCAGGAGUUCAAGAGACCCUCUGUGAAAGCACAUCCCAUCCUGUCUGCCGAUGCUAGAGGUAAUCCCUGGACAGUUAGGGACGUCUUGGCAUAUCAGCUGCAGCGGGAAUCCAACCACACAGACGAAGACGUUGUUGAGAUUUCAGAUGACUCGAGCUCCGAUGGAGAGCUGGACCCCCCACCCCAAAUGCCCUCCCAAGGGCCCAGGGAUGCGGGCGUGGAAAGACUGGAGCAUGGCACUCCUUUCAAGGACUUGCAAAUCGAGAAGGUGAUGGAGGGCCAGGUCACCAGAGUCACCGAGGAGCACCAGACCUACAUCUACUCCAGAGGCGAGAAAAUCCGCACGGAGAGAAGAAAGCGCGUCUACAACGUCCUUCAUCUCGACGGGGUCGGCCGUGGGAUGAACUUAACAACUCAGCCAGCAAUCAUGACCAGCUCUGGUUUGACCAGGGAGGGACAGUUGGAAAAGAAUGUGCAAGGUCGGGUCACUAAGGUCACCGAGAGGUCAAGCAAGUACACAUACUCCUCCGGGCAGAAAGUGAUGAAAGAGAAAACAUCAAGGGUUUAUGACGCGAUAUUGCUGCCUGGAUUGACCAACAUAUAAAGGAGGCUCCAUUUGAUUAAAAUCUGAUUUUGCUAAUUGAUGUUUUCUAAUCAAAGUCUAUACACUUUAUGUCUGAACUGUAAAUAACCCUGUGUAGACAACUCAUGGACAGUAGUGUAAAUAGGGGGAGGGGUGGGGGUGGGGGCAUAGUACCCCUCACCCUUGGAUAAGUAAACAAAAAAGCAUUUCGCUCCUAUUGUUUGAGGGUAGUCUUUUGUACAGCACUACCAAUAGUGAGAUGGUGUCUCCCCCCCCUUUUUUUUUGUGAAGGUCGGUCGGCUGACUAGAAAAAAACCAUGGCUAUCUUGGCGACCCCCUCCCAGCAAAAUCCUGCAUACUCCGCUGCUCUUGAGAUCAAGUGAAGGGCACAUUUUAUAUGCAUGGCAUGAAGUUGAAAUGACAAAUUUUCCACUGAGAUGUUCACAUUUUGUCAGGGUCUGCGCAUGAGUUUAAUGCACUCGAGUGUAAGCGUAUAGCAGCAAUGUUGCUCAAAUGUCUUCCGAUAUUUUACUCUUCGUCAUUUUCACCACUUUGUAUCUAUUAAUACAUGUAGCAGGCACUUGUACACUAAGGCCAAAAGAUACAUCAAACCAUUCUGUAAUAAAUUGCUAGUUGUGAGAACAGGUUGUUCCUUUAAGGAACAAAUGGCGUAUUGAUUAUGUAGUUGGACAAUAAGUUUGUUAAUAUCAAAGACAUAGUUCACUUAAAGUCACAGUGCAGGGGUACAUUUUGAAAUGAAUUCAACACAAUCAUUGGUUUGACAUACUGGAAAGGUCAAAUUUUGUACAUGUAUUUAAUACUGAAUUCAUGUUUGUAAUUUUAAAGCUCAACAUAAUGUGAACAUAGAAAUUGAUUGCAGUGGACUAUCAAUUUGCUACUUCCGAACAACUGAGCUAUCUAGCCCUAUGUUGGCAGUUUAUUUACAAAUAUAAUAAAGUAUUUCAAUGUAAGUUUGUAUUUCUCUAUUGAA